AGUCAUUAGUUUCGUCGCCAUCAUAGCGACGAGAUCGCGACCGUUUUUGGCCGCAGAGCCGGAAAUCAGGUAAUUGUCGUUUUACGACAAAAGGCGAGGCAGAGCUUUUUGCUCUGUUACACAGGAAUCCGUGGUCACCGUAGCACCGUCACAUCGGCCGUCGAUUAUCGGCAUCUCGAGGACUCGUUCUUCACCUUUGACGCAAACGAAACAUGGCUUAUUGAAGAAGAUGAAGGGUCUGCAAAAAUACACUGUUUCUCCAUACGGAGGAGACCACAGCCUCAAUCACGCUGGAAAUCAGCACGAGCACAUUCGUGCCGGAAAUGGAAAAGAACGCGAAAUUUACGCAGUUCUCCACAAAGGGGGUUCCUGCUGAUGCGAAGAAGAAUCAAGAUGCUACUAAUAAGCUCUUCCCGAGAACUUCGCGCCGUCGCGAACCAACUGCCUCUGGUAGUUUCUCGAAAUACGAACAACCAAAGAAGUGCAAUGUACAGAAAGCCAAAAGUUUUGAUAAGAGACCAAAACCUAAAGGACAAUAUCAUGGCGGUGCAAAGGAGGAUACCAAGGUAGAGCAAGCAGAAUUAGCUGAGCCUGGCUCAGUAGUGGCCCAAGGAAGCAAAAAGCAGAAUUUGAAUCAUCUGCUGAAUUUUCAUUAUGAACCACGCGAGAUGCAAGGUGGUUCAGGUGCAUGGAGACAUGGGAAACUAACAAAGGGUUACUCCUACAACAGUAAUAGGUGGCUUCCACCAGUACAGCGACACAAGUACAACAAAGAACAGUUUUUACAAGCCAGCUGCCAAUUUGUUGUAACUGCCAAUGGAAAUUAUUCAUUAUAUCUAAUUGAUCCUGAUGCUUUAGUUGAUUGGAAAUUGGUAGAACAAAUUAAAAUCCAUAGUUCUGAAAGUUUGUCUUGCCCAAUUUGUUUGUGUUCACCAGUUGCUGGAAAAAUGACACGUUGCGGUCAUGUUUAUUGUUGGCCUUGUAUCCUUCAUUAUUUAUCACUCUCUGAUAAAUCCUGGCGCAAAUGUCCCAUUUGUUAUGAAACCAUUCAGAAAUAUGAUUUGAGAAGUGUCACCGUAAUCACGCAAACCGCGUUAAAUUCUGGUGAUAAUGUCACCUUACGAUUAAUGCGUCGCGAAAAAGGAUCACUACUCGCAGUGCCUGUUGGGUCUGUAACGGAAAUCCCAACAAACUUUUUUCCAGCUUCAGAAACUAUUAGCAGUCAUGUGUAUUCAAAACUUUUAAUUGCAAGCACAGAUGAUGUUAUGAAUAUCAUUGAAUGCGAACGCGUUCAGUUGAAAUUAGAACUAGCAGAUAAUCCUGAUUCACCAGCAAACUGUUAUAUCGAACAAGCGCUUAAUGAACUUUCAAUAAGAGAAGAAGAACUGUUACAAGGGAUAAAAUCAAAAUCAGAAGUUUCUGUAGAUGCGACUACAAUACGGGAAGAGAGCAGUGACACUGAAAAACAACAAGAAUUUCAAGAUUCCGUAGAAACCAACAAUAUUUCAAUCGAAAAAGAUAUGAAAAGUGCGGAUGAAGAAUCUUCCAAAAUGAUAGAAAAUUCUCCCAAUAGCGCUCAAUCAACUUCGGGCGUACAGAAAUUCUUUUACUUUUAUCAAGCGGACGAUGGACAAGAUUUAUAUCUCCAUGCAGUAAAUGUAAAGAUGCUGGAAAUGCAGUACGGCAGUCUUGAAAAUUCUCCCCACAUGAUAACAGGAAAACUUUUAGAGAAAGAAGGAGGAAGUCUUACAGAAGACCUAAGACGCAGGUUAAGAUAUCUAUGUCAUUUGCCCAUCACUUGCCAGUUUGAAGUAGCCGAGAUCGAAUUAAAACCACCGAUAAUAUCAGAAGAAGUUCUUUCUUCGUUUCAAGAGCAAUUAGCAUUGAGGCAUAGACGCAGGCAACAGCGAGAACGCGAGGAAAGAAAGAGGGAGAAAAAGAUCAAUGAUGAAGAAAACAAACGAAUGGGAAGAUACCCCAAGCCUAUUGUACACAUCGAUUCGCAGCGACAUUUUCCUCAAUGGCAGCCAGAAGUAUUGUUCGCAGAAGAAAACGUUUCAUCACCGCCAGAAUCAACUGUGACUUCAAGCGUAGCCAGCAGUCCAUCGUUCAGCACAUUUGAUGAAAUCGCUACGGGUGGACAAACCGACAAUACCGCUCACGAUCAGGGACCAUCGUUCGCGGAGAUGUUACGAAACAAGGGCACACGUUUAAAAUCCCAAUCUGUGUGGCCGUCUGUUAAUUCUACUCACGGGAAAUCGUAUUCGAACAUGCCUGCUCAGUCGUCUUCAAGAGACACUGACGAAGAGAAUUACAUUUCAGCGCCAUCCUACAGUCAAAGCUUCGGUGAUGCCUUGGCAGCGGCUUUAGAACAAACAAAAUUGCUUGGGGCAAAGAAAGAUGGAGGUGGGAAAAAGAGGAAGAAAAGGAAACCAACCCUAUUGUUCGCAACGUCUAUGGCACAUCCAUCUUAAUUUUCUGUUUUACUAAUCCUUGCACUCUACACUUUUAUUCCGACGUUUCGCGAUUCAGGUGUUUUGUCACUUACUGAUUUCAGAUUAUUUUGGGUAUGCGUUAGAAAAUUAUCAAACAAUUGUUUUCUGUAGCAGCCUGUUGUGCUUACCAAUAAAAUUUCAUUUCAUCGAAA